AUGGGAGGCUUCAUUGAGCGCCAAUCGGAGAAGUACAGCGAAACUCCUGGAGAUGCUUCCUUUGUCAUCAAAGCCUACUCUCAAGAGAAGUCUCACGUCCUUGCGACGCUGGCACAAAACUAUGGUUUCUGGGAUUCGUACCAUGCCGAGCAUCCCGGUCCUACCAACCCCAACAGACAAUUUGCAACCUCCGGCUCGACGUGUGGUAUGGUGGACAACACUGACCAGGCUUCUGGUUGGUUCGCCAAUGUCACUGGAACUACCUGUGCCAAGUCAAUCUUUGAGUCCUUGUCCGAUAAGAAUAUCACCUGGAAGAACUACUAUGAGACUGAUAUCAUCGAUGCCUGGAUGUACAAGUGGGUCCAAGACAACGCAAUGGAUAACCUUGUUCACGCCGAUCAGUUCUAUACCGAUCUCGAGGAGGGCACUCUACCUGAGUUCUCGUACAUCAAUCCUGAGUGCUGUACUAUUGACUCCAUGCACCCAUCGAGCAACAUGGCAGCCGGUGAGCAGCUCAUCAAGCAUCUGUACGACGCUGUGAGAAAGUCUCAGUACUGGAACGACACGUCAGUGAUCACCUCACCUUCCAAGACCAACAACUUAUUGAACAUCGAACAGNNAUUGAUCAUCAUCAACUUUGACGAACACGGUGGUUUCGCCGACCACGUCGGUCCACCAGUCGAUAUCCCAGCUCCUGAGGAUGGCAUGACUUUCAGCGGCAAGAGCGACGCCCACAACGUGACUUACGACUUUACUCGCCUCGGAGUCCGGUAA